CGAGGUGUCUGCGGCGCGGGCGGGGCGGGGGCAGCCUCAGCCUCGAGGGGACGGGGGACCCGGCCCGGCGGCGGCAGGGAGCAGGCCGGUCCCGCCCUCUCCAGCGCCGCCCCGUCCCGCGCCGCCCCGUUCCGCGCCUCUCUGCCCCUUAUCCCUUCCUGCGACCGCGCCUGCCCGCUGGAGCCUCUGCCGGGCAGGUGCGGAGGGAGCGCCGAGCUGGCCCCUGGCGGCGGCCGCGUGUCUGCGGGGAGGAGGUGGAUUGAAAUUGAACCAGAAUGGCUGCUGUUACCUCAGAUAGUCCUCCAAACUCAAGCUGCAAAAUCAUGACUUUCAGGCCUUCGAUGGAUGAAUUCAGGGAAUUCAACAAAUACUUAGCACAUAUGGAAUCACAAGGUGCUCAUAGGGCUGGAGUUGCAAAGGUUAUCCCACCAAAGGAAUGGAAACCAAGAAAACAUUAUGAUGAUAUUGAAGAUCUGGUGAUUCCUGCUCCAAUUCAACAGAUGGUCACUGGCCAGUCUGGACUUUUCACACAGUACAAUAUUCAGAAAAAGCCCAUGACAGUGAAGGAGUUCAAGCAGCUAGCCAACAGUGACAAAUACCGCACUCCAAGAUAUGUAGACUAUGAAGAUCUGGAGCGUAAAUACUGGAAGAACUUGACUUUUGUGGCACCAAUUUAUGGAGCAGAUAUCAAUGGGAGCAUUUAUGAUGAAGGUAUUGAGGAAUGGAAUAUUGCCCAUCUUAAUACAAUAUUGGAUGUUGUAGGAGAAGAGUGUGGAAUUUCUAUUGAGGGUGUAAAUACACCAUAUCUUUAUUUUGGCAUGUGGAAAACAACAUUUGCGUGGCACACUGAAGACAUGGAUCUCUACAGUAUUAAUUAUCUCCAUUUUGGGGAGCCAAAGUCAUGGUAUGCUAUUCCUCCAGAGCAUGGGAAACGGCUUGAAAGACUAGCUCAAGGGUUCUUUCCGAGCAGCUCUCAAGGAUGUGAUGCUUUUCUUCGCCACAAGAUGACCCUGAUUUCUCCGUCAAUAUUGAAAAAGUACGGAAUUCCUUUUGAUAAGGUUACCCAAGAGGCAGGAGAAUUUAUGAUCACUUUCCCAUAUGGAUACCAUGCAGGGUUUAACCAUGGAUUUAAUUGUGCUGAGUCAACAAACUUUGCCACCAUUCGAUGGAUUGAUUAUGGAAAAGCAGCAAAAUUGUGCACUUGUAGGAGAGACAUGGUGUCAAUAUCCAUGGAUGUCUUUGUGAGGAAGUUUCAACCAGACAGAUACCAGCUGUGGAAACAGGGCAAGGAUUUAUAUACCAUUGAUCAUACAAAACCAACUCCUGAAUCAACACCUGAAGUAAAGAUCUGGCUGCAAAGAAGAAGGAAAGUACAGAACUUUCCCAAGAGGAUCUUUAUGGAUUUUCUUCAUUAUCCAACAAAGAUCUACUUAAUUUCUAGCCAAAGCUUCCAGCACACCAGAUCUCGAUCUAAAAAGCUUAAAACUCCAGAGGACAAGAGAGUAUCUGCUAUGGUAGCUGAUGCAGAAAUCAUAAUGACUGAAGCAGCUAUUGAUGGCUUCAAGGUCAGUGAAGAACCAGAAAAAAAAGUGAGAGUGGUAAACACAGGAGUGCCUUCUGGGGAAGAGGAAAACAGUAGUAGAAUACGUCUGGAUCAGCAUUUAUUGGAUCAUGUCAAGGUUGCAGGAAGCAUCCCUUCAGACUCAAUUUUGAGCCCUGUUCCUGUACUAGAGAAAACAAAAAUGGAAGAUGAGGACAGGAUAGAUUCCAGUCAUUCUUCUUUUACACUUGAAGAUUCUGUGGCCAGCAAGCCUGCUUCUGAUAGCAGUAGAAAAGAAGAAAGUUUGAAAUCUCAGAAUGAAUAUGUUUCAUCCAUACCAUACCAUAAAGCAGAGGGACAAACUUCUGAAGCAGAAAAUCCAGAUAGAGAGGGAAGUGUCUCGACAGAGGAUGGUAUCAGCAACCUAGAAAGUUCUGGAAGUAGUUUGGAACAUGGAAAAGUGGCCAUUGUAAAAAAGGAUGAAGAAGACAGCAUGGAAAUAUCUUGUUCAGAGGAAGUUGAAAGAAAGAAAAUAUCUAAGAGCUGGCGUCAUCCACUACAUAAACCCCCAGCUAGAUCUCCAAUGACUUUGGUUAAACAGCAAGCAACUAGUGAUGAAGAACUGCCUGAGCCUACCUUAGUUGAAGAGAAAGUUCAAGAGUCAGAGGCAUGGGCCAGACCUCUGGUCUACCUGUGGCAGACAAGACCACCCAAUUUCAAUGCUGAAAAAGAGUACAAUGCAGCUUGUGCAAGAAAGGAACCACACUGUGCCAUUUGCACUCUUCUUAUGCCAUACUAUAAGCCAGAAAAUCAAGAUGAAGAAAGUCUUACUUUCAGUGAAGCAAACUCAGCAGAAACAUUGAUGGCAGAAAAGGAGAAGACAAAACCUCUUAUUCCAGAGAUGUGUUUUAUUUAUAGUGAAGAAAAUACCGAAAACUAUCCAUCAAAUGCCUUUGUUGAAGAAGAUGGAACAAGUCUUCUGAUUUCAUGUGCAAAGUGUUGCGUACGAGUUCAUGCAAGUUGCUAUGGUGUUCCUUUUCAUGAAAUCCAUAACGAGUGGUUGUGUUCUCGAUGCAGAAAAAAAGCCUGGACAGCUGAAUGUUGUCUCUGCAAUUUGAGAGGUGGUGCAUUAAAGCAAACUACUGACAAAAAGUGGGCACAUGUAAUAUGUGCAAUUGCCAUCCCAGAAGUCAGAUUUGGUAAUGUCACAGAGCGUACUCCGAUAGACACUAGCAGAAUACCUUUGCAAAGAUUAAAAUUGAAAUGUAUCUUCUGCAGGCAGAGAGUUAAGAAAAUCUCUGGUGCCUGCAUUCAGUGUUCAUAUGGACGCUGCCCAGCAUCCUUCCAUGUUACCUGUGCCCAUGCUGCAGGAGUGCUGAUGGAACCUGAUGACUGGCCAUAUGUUGUCUACAUCACAUGUUUCAGGCACAAGAUCAACCAAAAUGCGAGAGCUAAAGUAUGUGGGAAAGCCAUUACAGUUGGGCAGACAGUCAUCACGAAACAUAGAAAUACACGAUACUAUAGUUGCAGAGUCAUAGGAGUGACAUCACAGCUUUUCUAUGAAGUCAUGUUUGAUGAUGGCUCCUUCAGUCUGGAUACAUUUCCUGAAGACAUUGUAAGCAGAGAUUGCCUAAGGCUGGGUCCACCUGCAGAGGGAGAAGUUGUCCAAGUGAAAUGGCCUGAUGGAAAACUGUACGGUGCAAAGUAUCUGGGAACAAAUAUAGCUCACAUGUAUCAGGUGGAGUUUGAAGAUGGUUCUCAAAUAGUAAUGAAGAGAGAAGAAAUAUAUACACUGGAUGAAGAGCUUCCUAAGAGAGUAAAAGCACGUUUAUCUACAGCUUCUGACAUGAGAUUUGAAGACACAUUUUAUGGAGCAGAUAUUAUCUUGGGAGAGAAGAAAAGGCAGAGAGUAUUGAGUUCUCGCUUUAAGAAUGAAUAUGUGGAUGAUCCAGGAUACCGCACCUUCUUAAAAAGCUCAUUCCAGAAGAAGUGCCAGAAAGGACCAUAAAGGAAGCAAGAGAAGAGCGGGUUCUUGAUUAAAAAGCAUGCAACAUUAUUCACAAUUGGAUUUCAUUUAACUGAAAGUUUUACAGUGAACUAAUCCAUACACCAGCCUUGUCAUCUGAAGUACUCGAGUUCUGAUUUCAUCAGUUAAUGUAUUUAAGAAUUUGUAAUAUUUUGUGUCAUAAAACCGGGAAAGAUUUCUAAAGGA